GUUCCUCCACCGCCCCCCUUUCCGCCUGCCUUCCCUUCUUCCAUGUGCGCGACGCUGAGAGGAACCCACUCCUUUGCCUCUCCCAAGCACAAAGAUGGCAAGUAGUGUUAGGCUGCGCAACCUCCGCUCUCCACCACCGCCCCCCAAACGCACAAAAGACGGCCCACCAUUCCCCCAAUUAACCCCAUUCCCCGUGCGUUGCUGCUACGCCACCCGCUGCCACUUCCGCGGCCCUUGCCCGACCUCUUGCGCUCCCUUUCGCGGGCACUUGCUCGUGGGCUUCUCUGACCGCCCGCCCAUUGCCGUCGCUGUCAGCCGCCGUCCCUCACCUUCUCCCCCUCGUUAUAUGCCCCAGGCUGUGCGCCGAAUCGAGGUAUUGAGGUUGGGGGCAGAACCGUUGAGGGGAGGAUGGGUUGAUAACGGCGUCGAUGGCGGUCCACCGGAUUCUUAGCCUCCGGCUUCUUUCCUACCUCUGCUUCCCUCUCCUACUCGGCUUCCGGUUCUACCGAUGUUUUACGUACCCGACGGAGAGCGCGAACCGCUCGACCCCGUCGUCGUCCCGCCCCGCGGCGGGCGUAGACCGGACCACCAAGAAACUGCGGAAGCCCUACACCAUCACCAAGUCGAGGGACAGGUGGACGGCCGAGGAGCACGAGAGGUUUCUCGAUGCUCUCCUGCUGUUUGGUCGUGAUUGGAAGAAAAUUGAAGAAUUUGUGGGUACCAAGACAACUAUUCAGAUUCGCAGUCAUGCUCAGAAGUACUUUCUAAAGGUACAGAAGAUUGGGUUAGCUGCUCAUGUGCCACCUCCUCAUCCUAAACGCAAAAUGGCUCAUCCAACCCAGCAAAUCACCCCCAACAAUGAGAUAGUAUCUGUGGAUUGCCUUUAUGCAUCUUCUCGAAUUCUUCCUGCAUGCUCUGUCUGGGAUAAUACCUCAAAUGAUAUAAAUUACACAUCCAGUGAAGCAACAUCUCUACCUGCUUGCUAUACCAUCCGUCCUGAUAUUGAAGGUGACAGUGGAAUAUUUGGCAAAACAAGCAUAUAUAGUCAAAACAUUGAUUGGAGUGGCAAUUUAAGUGGAUCUUUGUUAACUCAUCGGGCAACAAAACAAAGAAACCCACAUCCAGACUUUGCUCAAGUGUAUACCUUCAUUGGAAGUAUGUUUGAUCCGAACAUUACAUGGAGAGCGGAACAUUUCUUUGAAAAGUUACAAGAUGUCGAUCCAGUUACUGCUAAAAUUAUUCUGAUACUAAUGAGGAAUCUUGCUGUAAAUCUGACUAGCCCUAGUCUUGAACCUCUGAUAAGGUGGCUGGGCAGGUAUGACGUGAACACAAGAAAAGUGGCAGCCAUCGGCGGAACUGCUGCUUUUGCAGAUAUAUAAUCUUACCUUUUCACUUCAUCUGAAUAACUUGUUUCCGUACGUGAAGUCUUCUUAUCAUCUUUAUCUACUUCAUCUGUGACACACCUGUACUAUAAUUCUCCAUGCAACAGAGGACAUCAUCAAAGAUCCGGAAGACGUGAGUGAACAACUGGGAACCAUCGUCGAACGUUUGAUUCCUGCAAAAAGACACACCGGAUUACUCCCUGAAUUCCACCAUCCUCAUUUGCCAUGAAUAUUUAUUGCAUGUGUUUGAAGUAAUUCUUGAACUUAUGAUGAUUUAGUAAUCUUUGAUACGAUAAGUAUUUGGAUGACUAGUUUUCCUUACAGUGCAUUAGUUUUGAUGAUACCACUCGAUACAAUGGUACCAAAAGACCCUUUUGCUUUUUUUUGAUGGUUUUGAAUAGAUCUUUUGAAUCGUUUAUUGCAAUAAAGAAGUUUAUUGUUGUGAUGAAAGCCUUUACUCGCAGUAACUAAAUUUUAUUUGAUUUAAAUACUCUUAUACAAGCGUUCAAUGCUCUAAAAAAUAAAUUGUUCUUUUCUAUUUUUUUUGGAAAGUUAUAAAUGAGAGCGGAAUAUGUUUUGUUUUAUUUAAUUGCUUCUGGAGAUUUGAUGGAGUCUGACAGCCCGUAAACCCGACCAAAAUAUCUGGAUGCGGAUCCUUUUGGUUCAAGAUCCGAUAAACUAAUUGGAUCGGAUACGAAUCCUGAAUCCUGAACCUACGCGCGAUAAUCUUAAUAUUAUCGGAUGCGGAUUCGGAUUUAGCUCGUUUCAAUCCGAUAAUAUGUUACCGUCGCGGUGGCAUAUACUGAGAUACCAACGACCGUUGACGGGAGAUUGCGACAACGAUCGAAAGCAGCCACCGCCACUCCGGUCGCGGUGCCGAACGCUAAUCCCGACAACUCUUCCGUCAGUACUGCACUUCUCUCUCCUCUCUUUCCCCCUCUCUCCCCGGCAACAAAAUUUGGAUAUCUUGGUAGAUUUCCUUUUUGAAUUAUUAAAUGGUUCAAUUGUUUGAUCAAGAAAAGUGCAAGAAACCAAGCUUAUACUGCAGAGAUUGGUUUUGCAGAUUAAAGAAAAAUGGGAAUAAUUAGGAGCAGUUUCUCGUUUUUGCUAGGAGUCGGCUGUGGUGUUUACAUUGCUCAGAACUACGAGGUUCCAAACAUAAAGAAGCUUGUGAGUACAUGGAUGUUGAAGACGAAGGACAUCGAAGAGACUUAUCGAAAGCCCAAGAAAGAUGAAGACUAGAAGCAUUCACCUAUGGAAAAUUACACUUGAGAAAAAAGAUCAGUAAUACACAGCAAAAACCGCCCUGAUGCCAUACAGUGGCACAAACAAAUAAAUCUUGGGAUCACAUUUGUAACCCCUGAGAUCUUGGCAAGUAGUCGUUACACUGCAUUCUCAGUUUUUGUCUAUAUUCAUAAUUGAAGUGUUUUCGCCAAUUGCCUUUUGUUAAUGUGAAGUUUUGAAAUAGAAUUAUCUUUUUUGGUACAA